GCGCGCCCUGAGCUCGCGGCGUUGUCUCUCGCGGAGAACGUCAGCUCCAUGAGCGAAGCGGACCGCUGCCAGUUCACCGACGCUCAUGCGUCGCUGCCGAUCGAACCCUGCGCCAGCGGCUGCAGUCCGGAGCCGCCAGUCACCCCCGCGGGCCUCGCGGGCACUGGGCCUGCCGCGAGGGCUCGCUUUGAGUCGGAGCAGUACCGCUGCGCGCCCCGCCAGUACAAGCUCGGCAACAUGGUUUUCGACGGCCAGUUGCGCUUCCGCCCUCUGACGAGCGCGGAGCUGUGCGGCUGGGCUUUCCAGCCAAGCCGCGAGGUGGAGGGCGUGCGCUGCGGGCUCCACGGGAACGCCUUCUCGCCCCCCGUGGUGGCGAUGUUGCUGGGCCGCGGCCUUUCGGCUGCAGGCGCGCUGGCGCGGCCGCCGACGGUCGCGGAGUGCUGGGGCGCUCGCGACGUCGAGGCGGACGAGUACGUCAGCCAUCUGCUGGGCCAGGCCCCCUCCAGCGCCAGCUGCAAGGAGGCGCGCGAGGCGAUGCGCGAGGGCCCGGUCCGCUCUGCCAUCUUCAGAGGCAGCGACGCGCGCAUCGCGAGUGGCCGUCUGAUUCAUUUCUGCGAUUCUCAAGCGCGCAUCGCUGUGGCCUGCAAGGGCAGGUCGACUUCCUCGCCGCUGCGCAGGUUGCUCAGGGGCUCGAGUACGCUCCUGCUGUCGACGCCGUGCCAACUCUUCUACGUCUUCGCGAGGUCGGAGCCCGAUCUGGCCCCCAAGUGGUUCUUCAAUUGGCUCGCCAGCCGCAACGAGCCAAUGCCCGAGGCCGCCGCGGCCGCCGACGAGGUUCUCGGAGAGUUUGUGGAAGGGUGUUGGGCGCAGGGCGCGCCCGAGUCCAUAUUCGGCGACGUCUUGUCGGGCCUGCAGCAGUUCGUUCCCUGCCUGAGGCGCGCGCUCAAAGACUCGUGGCGGCUGUUCUCGACCUGGUCGAAGAAUGAGGCUCCCUCGAGAGCCAGGCCCCUGCUGCCUGAGCAGGCGCUGGCCAUGGCAGGCUUCGCCUUGUCCGAGGGAGAUGCGGCCAUGGCCGCCGCGGUGCUCGUGAGAUUCAGCGGCUUCCUGCGGCCUGUUGGGGCGAUGCUGCAGGCAAGCCGGCGCGCGUGGGACCUUGGCCGCGGCCUGGCCCACGUCGACCUCGGCGUCACCAAGGGCGGCAAGCGCGCUGGAGCGGCCGAGCACGUCGUUAUAGACGAGCCCGAGGCAGUGAUUAUCUUGGCUCGCGUGCUGGGCAAUGCACCGGGCG